AUGGACGCCCGCAGCCACAGUAGCAACAGCAGCAAUUGGGGGGUCCCCCAGAUCUCCUCGUCGUCAGGAAGCUCUGAUGGGAGGCGAGACGCCGCUGGAAAUGAGGGCUCGGGCUCGGGCUCGGAAGAAUUUGAUAAGUCCGACUCCGGAAGCUGCGCUGAGCCCUCUUCGCAACAGAAGUCUGCAUCUGCAGAAGGCCAGCCGGAGCGCCUAGAGGAUGGAUUGCAGACUGAGCAAGUCAGAGAGCAGCAGCGCAGAUUUGCCAAGGAUAUAGCCUUGGAGCAAGACCUGAGUGGCCACGCGCCCGUCAGCGGGCAGUUCCUGAUGGUCCAGGCACAGCAGUUAAAGCUCCAGCAGACCCAGCAGCAGCUGUUCUCUCAGCUGCAGCAACAGCAGCAGCUGCAGCACCAGCACGAGCAGCUGCAGCAGCUGCUGCAACAGCAGCAGGCCCAGCAAUUGCAGCAACAACAGGUGCAGCUUCAGCAGCAGCAGCAGGCGCAGCUGCAGCAGCAGCGCCAGCUGUUGCAGCAGCAGCACUUGCAGCAGGAGUGGUAUCGACACACUCAGUCGUCCACGCCGUACUCGCCCUGGGCUCCGCCAACCUGCGGCGAACACCUUGAACAGGCCUUGUGCCACGCUGCCGCCGUCGACAGCGUGACGUUUAAGAAGGAGGAUGAUACUCCAGUGCCAGCGGGCCCGCAGCAACAGGCCGUCCACGUGAAGGACCAGCCAAGUGAGUGCCUUGGCAAGUGCGCACAGGCCAAGGCAAGAACGGAAAAGAAGAACAUCCUCCAGCCACCUACUCCAGACAAGCCAUUUUACAAUGCAGACGGUCUGAACUUGAUGAAGCUUUCAGACGCAGAGCUUGAGAAGAUGGUGCCCUUGAAUGAAAGCGGUGAGAGGACAUCUAUCGGUGCCCUACAUCAUCCGAAUAGUUGCACACGGUGUAUCUUUUGGUUUCGGAAUGUAUGCGAGAAGGGCAUCCGCUGUGAAUUUUGCCAUUUCAGGCACCCUGGUCAAGUUGCGAAGAAGAUCCGGCCUUCAAAGUCUACGCGCCUGAAGAACAAGGAUCUCGUGAAGCAGGUGGAGCAGACAGAUAGCUAG